UGCGUGCACAGACAAGUGCGUUUAACACCCCUAGAAUUCCUGUGAUAGAGAUGCACAUUUAUGCAGCGUCUAAUCUGCGAUAUUUUUCCAGUGUUACUCUCGACACUCUCUAGUUUUCUUAGUUUGGAAAUGCCGUUUUGACCCACCCGCCAUCUGAAAGACAUGUAACUUUGGGAGAGCUUGGCAACCAGGUAGUGGACAGCUGAACAACAGCAUGCUGUGUCUCGCGAACAGUAUUCCCUGGAUCUUUUUCUUGUCCACUUCGUUUGUUUCCCUCUGGGUAUUUUUUCAAAUGAUUUAAUUGACCCGUGAGUGGACGUAAUACGAAGAAGGACGAGGGAGAAUGGCUUCGAAAGAGCGACUGUACGAGCUGUGGAUGUUAUAUUACACUAAGAAAGAUGCCGGUUACCUGCAGCAGUGGUUGGAGGCGUUCGUGGCUUCUUUUGAGAAGAUCAUUGAUGUGCAGUCAACGGAGCCUCGCCGGUUGGAGGAAUGGAGCGCCGAUGUCCCUCUCCUACCCAAGGAGGUACUGGUGUUCCUCAGCACCCAGCUAUGGCACAGCGUCCUCCACCUGUUAGGGCAGGACCAGAACAGUACUGCUCCACACCCACUGCUCCUCAUCAAGUUUUUCAUCAUCAUCUGCAGGAAUUUGGAGAAUAUUGACUCUGAAAAGACCCCUGGGUUUGUGUUUGAGACAGUCAAGCUCCUAAACUUCUGUUUGACCCAGCUGAAGAAACAGCCAGAUGAUCAGAGCACUUUACAGUCAGUGGUACAACAUGGUCUGCUGUUGUGCGAAAAUCUUUUUGACCCUUAUCAGACAUGGAGGAGACGCCAAGCUGGGGAGGAGGUCAGUAUGCUGGAGAGAAGCAAGUAUAAAUUCUCCCCUCUUGCUCUGCCAGAGGAGCUUCCUGUGCUCUUCCAUGACAGCCUGCAGGAGAGUGAACUAAUCCCAGAAGCCCUGGUGCUUAGGCUGGUGCAUCUACAGGGGGCCGUGAUAAGUGGAUGCAAGAGGAAUGGCCUUCUCUCUAUCACGCCCCAGGCUGUGGAGGACCUAAUGUCAGUGCUUCGUUCCUGGUGCCUCUGUCCCACCCCAUCCUCGCAAGAGCCUAGGGACCCUGAGUUACUCAGAAUGACCCUGCGGUGCCUAACUGCAAUGAUCCAUCUCUUGCACUCCAGCAGUCCGGCCGAGAGACAACUGGAGAUCCGGACGGUCCUUGAUGGCUUCUUCCAGCUGCUCAACUGGAACCAGCCACUGACCAGCCAGCAGGAAGAUAUCCGGGGCUGGGAAGAUAACCUGAUCCCCCUGCUCGAACAAAUGCUGAAUUCAAUCCCAGAGAUCCUGCAGUGUUCUGACCGGCCGGUGCUGCAGGCCAUCUUUCUCAACAACAACUGCUUUGAACACAUCCUCCGCCUCAUCCAGAACAGCAAGGUCUGGGAAAAGGGCUCUGAUUGCAUCACAGUACAUGCCAUUCAAGUCCUCACAGCCAUUAUGAGCAAUUCACCCUCUGCCAAGGAGGUCUUUAAGGAGCGGAUUGGCUACUCACAGUUGUUCGAUGUGUUGAAAAGUCAAGGACAGCCCUCCAAAAGGCUCCUGCAGGAGCUGAUGAACAUGGCUGUGGAAGGAGAGCAUUCCCAGGCCAUGCAGUUGGGGAUCAGUAACGAACAGCCCCUGCUUCUGCUGCUGCAGUGGUUGCCUGAUCUGGGCUCUCGCUCUCUGCAGCUACUGGUGUCCCAGUGGCUGGCAGCUGUCUGUCGAGGCACCCUAUCCUGCCGCACUGUAGCCGUGGAAGCAGGAUUAGUGGGGGCUCUGCUGGAGGUGCUCUCCGAACCCCCAGAACGGCUCGACCGGCAAUGCGCAGAUGCCCUCCUGGGCCUCCUGCAGGACCUGGGGUCUCUCUCUCUGCGGCCCUGUGAACUGAAGAGUCUACUAAGGCUCUUGCGGGCCGAACCUGGUGCGCCCCCACACCCAUACUGCGGGCGUGUGGUAAGGGUGCUUUCCACCAUGGCCGCCCGCGGGGAGUGCGGGCGCAAUGCCUUGCAGUAUUUUGAUCUUACGCCCCCUAUGGCGGGUAUUAUGGUACCAGCUAUCCAGCGCUGGCCGGGGAAUGCGUUUGCCUUUCACGCUUGGCUGUGCCUUAACACGGACUUUCCACCACCUCAGCACCACUACUCCGAAUCCCACCUGACAAACCCUGAUAAUACAGUCCGCAUGGCAAAGGGCCCACGCCGGAAACAGCUUUACAGUUUCUUCACAGCAAGUGGAACAGGCUUUGAGGCUUUUUUCACCACGGAAGGAGUUCUUGUGGUGGCAGUAUGUACUAAAAAGGAGUACAUGGCCGUUUCCCUGCCAGACAACCCCCUCAAUGACUGUGCCUGGCACUCGGUAGCCAUAGUUCAUGUUCCUGGUCGUCGCCCAUUUGGACAGAAUGUGGUCACUGUUUAUGUGGAUGGAGUUCUGUGCAAGACAGCACCUCUGCGCUUUCCAUCAAUGAAUGAGCCUUUCACAUCCUGCUGCAUUGGAUCAGCUGGUCACCGGACCACUACCACCAUGACUACCUCUCCCACCUUGCCCAACCAAUCACACUCGCCCUCCGAGCUGGCAUUUUCAGCGCAUACAGGGCCGCCCAUCUUUGCACGCUCUCAGUCCUUCCCUGCCUCUUUUGCAGCAGCAGCUACAGGUGGUCGGCCAGUGGUACGGGACUGUUCGGUCCACACUAUCCCUGCAGGGCUACAGGACACAGCAUGGGGCUCGCCCUCCUCACUUGGCGGCCUUUUAGCCACAGCAUUCAUCUGCCAUGACGCUCUGCAGCUUGCUCAGGCCCGAGCAUUCUUUGCUUCAGGUCCCAAUAAUGUUUCUCUGUUUAAAGCGGAUGGAGAACCUUCUGAUGUUAACAGUAAACUAGUGGUAUAUUAUACCCCUCAGGCCUUUAAGAACCAGAUCUGCUUAGAUCUGUCACCUAAUCAUCUGUAUGAUGGCAGGCUAACUGGUCACAGAGUGGUGAACUGGGAUGUCAAGGAUGUGCUGAGUUCAGUAGGUGGGAUGGGGGCUCUUCUGCCUCUGCUGGAGCAGGUGUGUUUACUGGAGCAGGGUGAAACUUUUGGUCAGGAGACAUCAGAUCUUCUUGGGCCAGAGCUCACAUCCUCCAGGGGCCCUGCCGCCAUGCUACUUCCACUGGGAAAGUCAUCUGAGGGGCGUUUAGAGAAGAACAGUGUGGCAGCGUUUUUGCUGAUGGUUAAGAACAUGCUGCGCAAUCACCCAGCCAAUCAGGAGAGUCUGCUUCAGUGCCAUGGGCCGCCCAUCAUUGGAGCCAUGCUCGGCAAGGUCCCCAGCAGGAUGAUGGACAUGAGGGUGCUAAUGGCCUGUCAGUUCCUGAUCAAGCAAGUUUCCAACGAGGGCAACAACGCACUGUUAUCACAACUGUACCAGUACCUGCUAUUUGACUUCAGAAUCUGGAGCCACAGCCACUUUGCUGUUUGUCUGGGUCAUGGGCAGUACCUAACCACCGUCAUCAACGAAGGCAAGCUGAAGACCCGCAAGAAAUAUGGUGUUCAGUACAUACUGGACUCGAUUCGGGCACACUACAGUACAGAGAAGGAUGGCGGUCUUCUGUCUGAUGAGAGACGGACGGUGCAGAUCUCUCUUUUCUCUCUGUUGAAGGAUAUUCUGAAAUCUCCAUCUGCUGAGGAGCUUCACAGUGUACUAGCAUAUGCUGCUGUAGUGCAGGAUGAGCAACAGGUGAUCAGUGUUCUGGAUGUGUUGCACACUAUACUGAGGAGUUCUCCUUCUCCACGUGAGCAGGCUGUGACUGUUCUUUUGGAGCGAGGAGUGGAGCAGCUGUACUGUCUGCUGCUCAAACCCAAUUUUGGCGAUGACGCCCGUGAGAGAGUGUUCAGGGUCAUGUAUAAAGUCCUGAAGAGUGAGCGUGUUCCUGAACGCAGUAAACAGCGCAUCAAACUUAAGGACUCCGGCUAUCUCGGCCUGGUCUGCUCUUUUGGAGACAUCCCCAUCACCAUGAUGACCGUACGCUGCCUGUAUGAGCAGGUGCUCGCCACAGAUUCUGCCCCUAAUUUCAGAGACCUGUUGGCUGUUGCGUACCUGUCCCAUCGCGCCAACCUCAGUGUUCGACUAGAUAUCUGUCGUAAGCUCUUCCAUUUGAUCUACUCCAAUGAAGAGUAUGUGAAGCAGCUCGCUCGUCAACCUGGAUGGCAGGACAUUCUUACCAAACUCUACAUCAAAGAAUCGUAUGAGUCUCGCGUUCUCAGCCAAUCAAAUUCCAUAUCCAGCCCCACCACCUCGCUGGAUCCCAUUCUAUCCAGACCCGUAUUCCGUCGGGAGGACAGUGCAAAUGAAAACACCAGUCAGAAUGUCUACAUUUCCCUUAAUGCCCGCCACGAGGAGGAGUACGAGGAGGAGGAAGGAGACAUUGCUGCUCAGGAUACACCAGAGGGCUACUCCAACCUCUCACUGUCACCCCCGUCAAACGGGCAGCUCAAGAAUGACUCCCUCCACUUCAGGCCGUUUGACUCAGCAGAGCGUGGCAGUCGCUCGUCCUUGUUGGACAUUCCACAAUCGUCCCGCCUGUUGGAGGAGGAGGAGAACGUGUAUCAGCCGCUCUCGCCCUUCAGCUUGUCCUUUGAUCUGGAAAUUAACAAUCAGAAAGUACCUCAGACUCCUGCAACAAGUCAGCCAGAGACCCCUUCUCCUCUAGAGCACAAUAAAUCCUUCCCAGGCUUGAGACCACGCAAGAGUUCCAGCUUGUCCAAUGUUCUGGAUGAAACAAGCUACAGCACUGAACCACCUACAGACACCAUCUCCAACACAUCCAACCCACAGGCUCCAGAGGAGGAGUUGUGUAAUUUGCUGACUAACAUCGUGUUCUCUGUGCUGUGGAGUGGCACAGAGGGUCCUGAGGAUGUGAUAUGGAGAGAAAGGGGGCAAGUCUUCUCCGUUCUCACCAAGCUUGGCUCAUCUUGCCAGCUGGUGAGGCCACCUGAUGACAUCAAACGCAGUUUGUUGGAGAUGAUGCUGGAGUCGUCUCUGUCAGAUUUGAGGGACUCUCAGGGUGUGUCCCUGCUGCAUGUGCCUUCUUUGCUCUGCCUCCUCAGACUGCUCCAGGAUUUCCUAUUCGCUGAGGGCACUGACAAUCAAACACUAUGGAGUGAGAAGAUAUUUGAGGGGGUGGUGAAUCUGUUGGACAGGCUGCAGGCAUGGCACACGGCCCCUGGAUCAACAGGGGCCCCUGAACUCAAAGAGAUGUCACUGAUCGGCCUGCGCAUUAUCACUGGAUACAUUCAGCAGCACCAGAACCCACAGGUGUGUGAGAUGGCAUGUUUAAAGCUGCAUAUUCUGCUACAGACUGUGUUAAGUUUGUCCUGGGAGGAGGUGUGUUUUCUACUGGGUCGUCUUGGUGCACCUCUUUGGCCUGCAAACUCUGGUUCUGACCUGGCCAUCGAGGCUUUGCUGACCCCAUUGGUGCCCAUUUUCCGCGCACUGCUGGACCAGCAUGCAGAUCGCACCACCCUUCAGGAGAUGCUGCCCAACCUGCCCACCACCAAUGGUAGCCUCUCCUUCGCCCAAGACCUCCACAACUACUGCAGCACUGCAGAGUGGCAAGAUUUCUACCAUAACCAUGUUGGGCCCACUAUGCAGCAAUACGAGUUAGACACUUUUGGGAAGAGUCACGACCUGAUGUCCAACUUUUGGAAUUCCUGUUUUGAUGACCUCAUGAGCACAGCGCAGAGGAGAGACAAGGGCCGGUCUGAAAGCAAAGCCAAGUUUCAGGAGCUUAUAAUUGACCCAUAUCUGAAACGCGUGCGUACUGAGAACAGCCGCUACCACAGCGUGCAGAAGAUGAGUAAUGGCCAGCAGGUGGUGGUGUGGAGGCACUGGAAAUCCCUCCGCAGGUUACUCGGCAGUGAGAGAGGAGCCUGGGCACUCAGGGUUCAGCCAGAGGUGAAAUGGAAACUAUCGAGUGCGGAGACAUACUCUAAGAUGCGUCUGAAGCUGGUGCCCAACUACAACUUUGAUUCCCACACUGAGGCCAGUGCACUAAGAGAUAACAUGGGAGCUGACAGCCCUCGAAGCUCGACAGAGCUCCAUCUCGCUGUUGCCAAGGAAGCCAAAGUUAGUGACAUGGAGGAUGACAAGCUAGAGGAUGAGGACUUUCUUGACCAGAUGGAGGAAGGCGAAGAGGAGAGUCAGAAAGAGAAGCUGGUGCUCUCAGAGGAGUGUGAGCUCAUCACUAUUGUUGCUGUGGUACCAGGUCGUCUAGAGGUCACAACACACCACUUGUAUUUCUAUGAUGGCAACAGUGAAAAAGAGGAGACAGAGGAAGGUAUAGGGUUUGAUUUCAAGAGGCCGUUGUCACAGCUCAGGGAAGUCCAUCUGAGGCGCUACAACCUGCGGAGAUCAGCACUCGAGCUGUUCUUCAUCGACCAGGCACACUACUUCAUCAACUUCAGGAAGGGGGUGCGGAACAAGGUCUACUCCAGGAUACUGGGUCUCAGACCACCCAACCUCUUCUACUUUGGAUCUCGCUCUCCUCAGGAGCUCCUAAAAGCCUCCAACCUCACUCAUAGAUGGGUUUGCAGAGAGAUCUCAAAUUUUGAAUAUCUGAUGCAACUUAACACCAUUGCUGGUCGCACAUACAAUGAUUUAUCCCAGUACCCAGUGUUCCCUUGGGUGUUGCGUGACUAUACAUCUCAGGAAUUGGACCUGGAUGACCCAGAAGUCUUCAGAGAUCUGUCCAAACCCAUUGGUGUUGUCAACUCUCGCCAUGCACAGAACGUCAGGGAGAAGUUUGAGAGUUUUGAGGACUCCACAGGCACUAUUGAUAAGUUCCACUAUGGCACACACUACUCUAAUGCAGCUGGUGUCAUGCACUACAUGAUCCGCACCGAGCCUUUCACCUCAUUACAUAUACAGCUCCAGAGUGGCAAGUUUGAUUGUGCUGAUAGGCAGUUUCAUUCAGUGGCAGCAGCGUGGCAGGCCCGCAUGGAGAGUCCAGCAGAUGUGAAGGAGCUUAUCCCAGAGUUCUUCUAUUUCCCCGAGUUCCUGCAGAACAUGAACGGGUUUGAUCUGGGCUACCUGCAGAUGAAUCAGGAGAAGGUGAACGAUGUGUUCCUUCCUCCCUGGGCAUCUUCACGUGAAGAUUUCAUCAGAAAACACCGCAAAGCCUUGGAGAGUGAAUAUGUGUCGGCUCACCUGCACGAGUGGAUAGAUCUGAUAUUUGGUUAUAAGCAGCGAGGACCAGAGGCAGUGGAGGCUCUCAAUGUUUUCUACUACUGCACCUAUGAGGGUGCUGUGGAUCUGGACGCCAUAGCUAAUGAGACUGAGCGGAAGGCCCUGGAGGGCAUCAUCAGCAACUUUGGCCAGACGCCCUGUCAGCUUCUUAAGGAGCCCCACCCUUCCCGUAUGUCAGCAGAGAACGCAUUCAGACGGCAGGCCCGUCUCGACAUACUGCCCCCCAACCUUUUUGAUCAACUAAGUAAACUCAGAUCUUUCAUGGAGGUGGUGUGUGACGGUCUGCCAUUAGUGCAAGCUGUGGUUCCCAGAAAUCAAACCCGCUCCUUUAUCACCCCAGGCUCUGAUAUACUGGUUACAGUGAGUGCCAAUGGAAUGAUAGGCACUCAUAGCUGGCUGCCAUAUGACAAGAGCAUAGUUAAUUACUUCACCUUUACCAGAGACCCCACUGUGAGCAAUCUAAAGACCCAGCGGUUCCUCAGCGGGCCAUUCUCCCCAGGGGUGGACAUCGGGUCCCAGGUGCUUGUAGUGUCCAAUGACGGGCGUCUGCUGUUCAGCGGGGGGCACUGGGACUGCAGCCUGAGGGUCACUAUGUUAGGCAAGGCCAAGCUGGUGGGCAGAAUCUGUCGUCACAUAGAUGUGGUGACAUGUCUGGAUUUGGACCUCUGUGGUAUCUACCUAAUCUCUGGCUCCCGGGACACCACCUGCAUGGUGUGGCAGGUUCUACAACAGGGUGGUUUCUCUAGUGGUCUUUCUCCACGGCCAGUGCAGGUGCUCAGUGGACAUGAUCAUGAGGUCACAUGUGUUGCCAUCAGCACUGAGUUGGACAUUGCAAUCUCAGGGUCAAAGGAUGGCACAGUAAUUGUGCACAGUGUGCAUCGUGGGCAGUACCUGCGGACGCUGCGGCCGCCCUGUGAGAGCUGCAUUCCUGCCCCUGUGGCAAAGCUGGAGGUCGGCAUGGAAGGGCACAUAGUGGCACAGACUGUUAUGGAGGGAUGCUCUGCUGGAAAGGAGAAGUAUGCACUGCAUGUGUAUUCUGUGAAUGGCACUCUGCUAGCAUCUGUGACUCUGGACGAGAAGGUUUCAGCAUUGCACCUGGUGCCUGACUUCCUCAUUGUGGGGACACAACAAGGGAAUCUUCACAUUCGAGACUUACACAGCUUAAACCCGGCUGUGGUGCCCUUGACCCUGAAGGUCCCUGUGCGCUGUGUGUCUGUCACUAAAGAGAGCAGUCAUAUUCUAGUGGGUCUGGAGGAUGGGAAACUCAUUGUGGUAGGAACAGGAAAACCAGAAGAGGUGCGGUCAGGGCAGUUUUCUCGUCGACUGUGGCGCUCCACACGCAGAAUAUCCCAGGUGUCCUCAGGAGAGACAGAGUACAACCCUGUUGAACCUUCUGGGAAAUGAGUGUAGCACUCACUCUCCACAUGCCUUCAGCAAAACCUUUACCUGCAGAAGAGAUGCGAGCUACCGUCACUGGUCCUGCAGGACUGUUCAUCCAGGAACGGACAGAGCUGUUCUAAAACAGAGAGCUUGGGAACAAGAGAGCAGAUAUGAGUUAAGAACACACAAACCUGCACUUUUUUCUACAAAGAAGAGAUAAAAACAUUCUUCUUUCAAAUGCAACGAUUUAUACUGCUUUUAACAAACAAACAUUCCAAAGAUUUUUGAUUAUUUGAAUCAGACAGUCACUUACAAAGUCUUGGUGAGUGUUGACAGCCUGUCAUCAGUCUUGACUGAAGUUGUAGGUGCUAAACUUGAACUUUUUUUAAAGCAGUAUGUUCUGUCAUGUGAAUCACAGACCUCCUUCUCACUGGCUGUAACCCAAGGCACUGUAGCUCAGAGUGAUGGUCUGAUCUCUGUCACUGAGUGACAAAACUUCAUCACCUGAGCCGUUUUAGAGUAUAUUCAAUCUUCCUGUGCUGAUUUUUGCUUUGCUUUAUAACACUGAUACUUUGUCUGACAAUUGAAAACUUUCUUAUAUUGACCAAUGCUGUCUAUAAAGCUUGAAAUUUCUGCAGGACGGGCAUCAACAUUUUAGCUGUGUGUAUGUAUGUGGUUGUGAGUUUGUGUAGCAUGUGAUUUUUGUGUGGUUAUUUUCAAAUGCCUUGUGUAAUGCAAUUAUAUGGCGCCUAAAUUGGAACAAGCUCUUUUAAAGGAAUAGUCAUUAUUUACUCACUAUCAUCAUUUUCCUCUGUGGAUCACAAAAGGUGAAUUUGAAAGAAUCUUCGCACUGCUCUUUGCAUACAAUGGCACUUCAUAGUAACCACAUCUGUCAAGCUCAAAAAGGGCAAGAAAAUCACCAUAGAUGCUUUCCAUAUGAUUUUGCAUGCUAUAUGUCUUCUGAAAUCAUACAGACUACUUUUUUGUCCUCUGUGGAGCUUUGCAGACAUAGUCACUAUUACGUUUUGUUGUAUGGAAAGAGCUUGCAUACAGAAUCUUCAGAAAUGUCUCCUUUUGUGUUCCAUUGAAAAUUACCUUACAGGUUUUGAAUUACAUGAGGAUGAACAAAUAUUGACAAAGUUUUCCUUUUUGGGUUAACUAUCCUUUGAGCUAUUGUAUAAUGAUGCGAUUUGAGCCCUGCUUAAGACUUGAGCCUUGAUUCAGUAUUUUUGGUGCCUUUAAAAAAAACAUAAACGAUGUAAAUUCAUACAUGAUUAAAUAUAAUUUCCUGUUUCUAAUCACUGGGUUUAGUCCUGCUACUGGAAAUUAUUUACUCCAUAUUGGCACACCUCUUUGUCUCUCCUGCACUGAGUAAAUCUUUCAUAUCCUGUUAUAUGUUACAUAAAGGAAGUGCCUUUCUUGUCAAUGCACUGAAGGGUUCACACCAACCUUGUUUUUAACCAUUUUAACCAUUUAUCUCUCCAAAGACCAUGAGUUCACAUGUUUGUUUUUCCAAUGUAGGGCAGCGAUUCCUAUCACAAAGGUGGAGAUUGAACAUGGUAUGAAAACAAACCAUGCUUUGGUGUCUGCUUUUGUCUUCUUUUCAAAUCAUGGUCAUGAUACAUGGUUUGGCACUUCAUCUUUUAGCUCUCUUUAACUCCGUUAAAGUGCCUCAAACUACUGUGUCCUUCAUGUUAAUCAUGAAACUAUUUAUACUAUGUAAAACAUACACCAGCUUGUCUUAAUUGUCCUGUGAAUGUGUCUGUUUGCUGGGGCCACAAUUCUGUCCAUUGGAAUUUUUGUCUAGAUGUUUUGUCUUCUCUUGAUGCACUGAAUGUUGAGGAGAGGACACAUUUUAUUGGCUUCUUUGGGAUAGUUCCUUUAAAUUUGCUGCUCUGCGCUGGAUAGCAAAAGUCAGCAGAAAAAAGGGAAGCACCAAGCACACAGGCCAGCACCUACUGUAUACAAUGUGUAAUACCACUGUACUUUGUAACACUGCACUAGGAUCAUGCAUUGUUCAAACACUGUCACUUGAGAACCUAUUACUAUAUGUUUGUGUAGCUUCAAGGGGGAGAUUCUUCAAAACAUUGCAUUAUUUUUCACUGUAUUCUCUGUAAACCCCUGCUACACAUGCGUAAACCCUUAGUCUUUUUUUUUUUUUUUUUUUUAAAUCAAAUGAUGAUAAUUUUUUAUUUGUGUUGGGAAAUUGAAGCCAUAAGAUAUUGUUCUUUUUUUUAUUAAAUGCUUACAACCUAAUCACUCCAUGAGUCUUAUAAACAGGAACUAUGAUGUUGUCAAGCAGAUUGGAUUACGUGGUACCAACAUCAAAGCCUAAUUUCAGUUCAAACAAAUGUCAGCUUUAAAAGAGAUGUAAACAGCCAUUCUCUGUUGAACUCAGACUUGGGAUUCGACUUGUUUUCUGCCCUUCAUAUUUGUUUCACAGCUUUCAAGUUUGUGUGAGUGAUGUUGUUGUGUGCAUGUAUGCAGUUUCUUUUAAUUAAAUAUAUUAGUCUGUAUGAAUUCACUUGAAUUUUUAGUCUGAACGAACUUUUGAUCAUAUACAGUGAGGUCCAAAAGUCCAGAUUUAAAAUCUGGAAUUCAAGGUCUAAUUUAAACGCAUACAUUUUUUUUUUUUUUUAGUGUGUGUGUGUGUGUGUGUGUGUGUGUGUGUGUGUGUGUGUGUGUGUGUGUGUGUGUGUGUGUGUGUGUGUGUGUGUGUGUGUGUGUGUGUGUGUGUGUGUGUGUGUGUGUGUGUGUGUGUGUGUGUGUGUGUGUGUGUGUGUGUGUGUGUGUGUGUGUGUGUGUGUGUGUGUGUGUGUGUGUGUGUGCAUAUAUUACUUCUAUUUACCUCCUGAGACCCAAGCUUGACUGCUGUGUGCAUUUUCCAUUCUCCUUUUUGAUUUCUAACACCCCUGAGAAACAAAAAUAAAUAUGAUGAAAACAUUAUAUAUAUUUUUUUUUCGACCAAAUAGUUUUACUAAAAAUGUAUGUACAUAUGUGGACAGUGGGACAAAGAUGUGAAAUUGUACAUGAUACCAAGCUAUAGAAAGCCUGACUUUUUAAGAUCAAAUUAUGUUUCCAGGAGUGUUGCUUUUCAUGUUUAUGAUACAUUGCAGGCAUUUCAUCAGAAAUUAGCAUAAAUAAUUAUAAUUCAAAGUAAUGGCCAGCAUCAUCUAAUCAUUGUCACACAUAAAAUUUGCAUGAAAAAUUCUGAAUCUAUGUACUGAUUACCAUGUCAACCAAACGUUAAGUGGUCCAAACAUCAUCUGCAGCCUGAAACGUAACUUUUGACCGGAUGUUAGAAGUGAAUGCGCUUAGCUGCAUUGGAAAUCUAUAGGAUGUUCCCUUGCUUCCUAAUUAAUGUGUGCUGUCUAUCUCCACUGGUCUCAGAACAGUUUGAAAUUAUGCUUAUUUUCAUCUUAACUCCGUAUUCAGCCUCUAAAAGCAACAUUUGCUAGCUUUUAGAUGUAUUUAUUGAUGCUCAAUGUGAUAAUGCACAGUGAAUAUAGGAUAUUUUAAGGAAAAUUAGCCUAUAGUCCAUGUACGUGGUCACUGUAUUUAACAGCGUGUCAUU